CCCCUCCGCGCUGGCACUAACACACGCACACAUACGCGCACACAUCGUGCGAAACGGGGAAGUCACCGAACCCACUUUCUGUUCUGGUGAAAGUUUUGAACCGCUCGGCGAGCUAAGUUAGUUGCUCCUCGGCUCCAAAGCACUCAGACUGUCCAGCUUUGAGGUCCAACAUCAACCCUGAGGACAAGGAUGGAGCAGGGAAAGGUCCACUAGGAUCCACGGACCACCAGAGGACGUAUGAGACACAAGAGGAGGAAGGACGCGCACAGACCACAACCGCUUUGGAUGAUUUGAGCUCGACAUUUAACUGACGCCUUUCCAACCAUGGCCCAGUGGUCCCUCAUGACACAGCUGAUACAGUUCCUGCCUCAUGAGACGACCAACAAUCUCUACCCCUCUGACACCUUUCCCAUCGAAGUCAGACAUUUUUUAGCCGACUGGAUUGAGCAACAAAGAUGGGAGGACUUUGUAUCAGGAAACAUGGAGCAGGAGGCCAGGGCCAAGGGUCUGCUGAACGAACUCAUCAUGUUGCUGCAGGGACUGGCUCAGGCGACCACCAGUGUGGUGGAGAAGAUGAAGCUGAUGCAGAUCAGCAGGGAAAUGAACAAGCUUCCGCCUCUACAGUUUGUAGUGAUGGUCAGAUAUGCUCAGGAAGGAGAGAGACUACUCAUCCCCUGGGCUCCCCCACCUCAGCAGUUCCCUCCGAAUAGAGAACAGUCAUUCAGCAUGCAAGAUGUGGAUCAGUUGGUUUUGAAAGUGUAUGAGGUCCAGGAAACUCGACAAAAGAUGCAUCAGCUGCAAGAAGAACUUAACUGGGAAAAGCAAAACUUUGAGCCUGUACAAGGGACGAUCCACCAGAAUGGACUGGAUUCCACAAAUACAGAGGCCCAGAAACUCCAGAACCGCAUCCAGCAGCUGGAGUACAAUGUGAACACUAUGGCCACGAAGCAUUUCCAGCUGCUACAGCAGUGUGUUGACUAUCUGGAGCAAUGUCAGAGCCGUCUGAUCACCAGGCUCAAGACUUGGAGGUGUGAACAGCACAAGGCCACCAUAGGACACCCCUUUGACGAUAAUCUAAACCCCCUGCAGACAUGGUGUGAGCAAUUACUUGUGGUGAACGGGAAGCUGAGGCAGGAAGUCAUGCUGUUAGGGGAGCAUCAGUUUGUGUCACAGCUUCCUGAGCUUAUGGAAAGGCUGGGACAACUUCUUCAAGUUGUUAUUCAAAGUUCUCUGGUUGUGGACAAGCAGCCGCCUCAGGUCAUUAAGACUCAGUCAAAGUUCUCCACGACUGUGCGAUAUCUUCUGGGGGAGAAAGGCCCGGGAAAGCCUGUGGUGUUGAAGGCCCAAAUAUCUGAACUCCAGGACAGGAGCCUUGGACAGCAGGGCAAUGUACCUAGUGAUAGUGUUGGAGAACUGAUCAACAACACCGCCAUCCUGGAGCACAACACGUCCAGUAAGAGCACAUGUGCCACCUUCAGGAAUAUGUCCAUUAAGAAGAUCAAGAGAGCGGACAGAAAAGGAUCAGAGUCAGUGACGAGGAGAAGUUCGCCCUGUUGUUCUCAAACAGAGAUCACCAUCACUGGCUGCGACACCCCCUACCGCAUCAGGUUGAUGAUCUCAUUGCCGUUGGUUGUAAUCGUUCAUGGCAGUCAAGACAACAACGCGCUGGCCACGGUCAUAUGGGACUGUGCUUUUUUCCGAACCAGUAAGGUGCCGUUUGUGGUGCCAGAGCGAGUUCCCUGGAGGAUGAUGUGCAGCACUCUCAACAGUAAAUUCACCUCUGAGGUCGGUACAUCCCAUAAUCUGGACCAGUACAACCAGCAUUUCUUGGCUCAGAAGAUUUUUGACAAGCCUGACUUCAAUGGUGACUUCAGCAACACAAUGGUCUCGUGGGCUCAGUUUAAUAAGGAAGUUCUCCCAGGUCGACAGUUCACGUUCUGGCAGUGGUUUGAAGGCGUGAUGGAGUUGACUAAAAAGCACCUUAAGGUGUACUGGAGUGAUGGGCUGAUAUUUGGUUUCAUUGGGAAGCAGCAUCUGCACCUGAUUCUCAAAGAGAUGCCCAACGGGACAUUCCUCCUUCGCUUUAGUGACUCUGAAAUUGGAGGCAUCACAAUCGCUUAUGUUUCUGCGUCUGAGAAUGGAGGACAAAAAAUCCAGAACAUUCAGCCCUUCACCAAGAGAGAUCUUGAGAUCCGUUGCCUUGGUGACCGUAUCCGAGACAUCAACAAUAUAACACAUCUGUAUCCUGACUUUCCUAAGCAUGAUGUUUUUAAAAAGUACUACACAGACCCUCAAGCACCAUCCAAUACAGGCUACAUUCCUGUGUCAUUACAAACCAAAGUGGAAACGGAACCUGCCUCAGCUUCUCAGCCAGUUCCCAACAUGGUGGCACCACUCGCUGAAAGUCCUCACAGUAAUGUUGCCUUCCCCAUGUCUCAGUUCCAGCAGCCCUUCAGCCCCCAAGACAGCAUGAGUCAAGAUCAAAUCGCAACAGACUUCUCAAAUCCAGCCGUUGUUUUCCCUGAGGAUAUGGCCACCAGUACUGAUAUGGAGAUGAAUUUCUUCUUUGAAUAAUCUGUAGAACUACAAAGACUCUCCAUCAAGCAGGGUUCACAGCUAAACUGGUGUGACUCGCCUUCGGGUGAAAUAUAUGCCACUACUCAUCAACAGUCGUCAUCAUCAACGAAUUUAGAGCUAAAACACAUUUGGGACAAAUUUAUUUACUUUGGGACUCGACAUGUUGAGCUGGUGCUCAAUGAAAGCAGAAAACCAUUGAAUUCACAGUAGGGUAAAACUUUUCCAAAGUACCUCCAUCACUGUUGUUGACCUCGAAGUGCACCUGCUUCCUUUUGUUGUACUUGAUGCUGACGUUGUCUGUUGUCACACAAACUCUGGAAAAUAGUGAAUUAUUGUAUAUAGAUCUACAAUAAUAAAUAUAAUACAUGCUGUAUAAUAGACAAUAUGUUGCUAACAGUGCUGGGAAGGUUACUUUUGAAAUAGCAUAUUCUACACAUUACUAGCUAUGCAGUUAAAUGUAAUAAGUAAUGCAACUAUUUUAAUUACUUCAUCAAAGUAAUGUAAUUUCUCACAUUUUAUUACGUUUAACUGUUUCAAACUUUUUGAAAAGUCCAGAAACUUUGAUACAUUUGAACCGACACUGUAAAGAAAUGUUAGGGUGCUUUUUUAAUUUCAGAAGUAAAAAAAAAAGUUGGGUUUCAACAUCUGAAAGGUGUUAUUGUCCAGCCACAGUGUCUUGGGUUAUCUCUGUCAGCUGUUAUGUUCUAUAUAUAAGCUUUUAACGGAAAAGAACACAUUGAGGUGGAACCCCUUUGUAAAACCAACAUUUGCUUUAGUAAGCAUUCUGGUGUUACUUGUAACACUGUUACUCCCCCAAACUGAUUGCUAAAACAACAAUCAACCAUCUCUGUUAUUGAAAUGGAAAAUAAAGGACCAAACUGAAUGCUGUCCUCUGUGUGCAUCGUGUGUUUUCAGCCACAUCCUAACCUCAUUUAAAAAGAUUUGGUUUAUAUUUUCCAUGAUAGUUAACCCUUCCAUGUUUUUGAAAAGCCUAAAAAACCAUAAUAAACUCAUUGUCACAGUAAUGUGCAUGAUUAACUCAUCUUUCUUCAUCUGUGUUCCAGUGGGAAAGUGUGUGUGGGAUUAAUAUGCACUGUUAUACAGUAUGGAUGAGAAACAUGUCAGGUGCAGGAGGUGACAACAGUGGGGGUGAUGAUGGUGGUGGGCAAUACUAACAUUAGUCUACAUCUAUCCAGGUAAAUUAGUGAGUAUUGUCUUGAGUGUGUGUAUUUUAAGCUGUUUUUGUAAACCACAGACUAUAAUUGUUGGUUCUAAGUAUUUAUCAACUCCUAGUUACCGAGCAUAAAAAUUAUAUCACUGUGUUUCUUAUACAUCCCAGUGUACAAACAGCUAAAUUGCUUUCUUUAAAGUUGUGAUACUGUGAUAAAAAAAUAAAGAAUGAUCAAAAAAAUAUAUUUCCAACCAUUCCUCAGAUAAUCUACAUGUAAAUGUGUUUAAAUAAGGUGCUGUAUUUUAUGCAAACAUGCCAUGCUUUUGGGAAUUUUUUGAUAGAUCUGAUUUAAAGAUCCUCGUGCUGACUGGGAGUGUUGUAUGUUUUCUUUUUCUGAGGCUGUAAAUCUAAUUUCAGCUUUUAUUUUCAUGUCUGUUACUCCUCUGGAUCUAAAUUAUGCUGUCCAUAAACCUUUAAGAAAAGCUUUCCACUAUCAGCCAUCACUGAUAUUGGUACUCAUACCACGAUAAGAUGUCAUGAAGGUUUAACGUGCAUGUUGUCUGUAUGUUAUGGUGUUUUUACGUCUGGACUGUCUUUUAGAAAUGGUUGUCCUAGAUAUUGUGACAAACCAUGUAAUCUUUCAACUGUGGUGACAAAUAAAAAUCAUUUUUCUCAUAA